AUGGAGGCUGCCUCCAGGCGCGAAGGCGUCGAUACAAAAGCACUUCCCGUGCUACUGCGCUCUCUGCUGGCGGCACCGGCGGCCUCCUCCCCCCUAUCCCUUGGGUACAACACAGAUUCCUGGACAGAGCUGCUGGCGGCGUGCGGGGGUUCACAGCUGAAAGACGAAGACUCCGCGGCAACGGUUGUUUUCGCUCAGAAGGUGGAAGAGAUCCUGAAGUCGUCGGACCUCGACUCUCCGACAACUCCACCGCAAUCUGCGGUUGCAGGCAAGACGAAUCUAAGGAGUAUCGCCAAGGCUACGCAGCCGUGGCAGCGGACGCGCGGCGAGUACAAAGAAGAAGAGACGGUCUUGUUCAACGAGGAAGUGGAUAAGAAACCGGGCUAUCGAUGCGACAAUAAAGCUGUGGUCCAGAUAUCCUCCACUUUCGAUUUCGGCGAUGGCGGCCCUGGCACUUCUUUCACCCAAACACAGGGGGCAGAGUGGAUGGAUGCUGCUGCAGAUGACCAUUCGGCGUGGCAGCGGCGGAGGCUCCAGAUCCUCAAACGGCGCAUGAUAGCAAAUGUCACUCCUACAGCCCAAGGACUUCAGAGUGACGCGCCGAUGUCAUCCCCCAUCAAGGGGCAGCAGAUCGUCCAGAUCGGCGAGCUCGCGGGUGGCGAGGGUCGACCGUUUUCAUUCGUUUCUAUGGUGCUCGACGAUGUCACUCGCAAUAAGGAGCCCAUCCAGCUUCUUUAUACGGAGGAAACGCUGGCGCGCCAACACCGGCAGUUGAAGGGAGACGGUCAGCGAAGAUGCAGUGAUCCUGCAACGAGUGGAGACGAAGAGGCGAGCCCGUGUGUCUCAGUUGGAGGAGAGAAGCAAAAACGAGGCGGGCAGGAGGGGAGGACGGAGGAGCUGUGCGCUUACCCAGGCAUGCUGGUCGCCGCGUGUGGAGUCCUUAGCCAGACUGAGUUUGGCGCCAAGUUGUCGGUCUCCUCUCUCCACGGCGGCCCAGCACUGCCAGCACCGACAUAUCGCCAGGUGCUGACCGUGCCCGCGGCUCCCGCGGGGCGUGACUCCAACAGAGGAGAUGGAGAGGCUCGCACCGUCGCCAGUUGCUACCGUAGACAACCCGUACACAUUAUGCUCGCCUGUGCCCAGGCGCUUGUGUCUAUGAAGGCAGAUACGGUGUCACGGAAUCUGGAGCUCGAUCUACUCCUAGACCGGGUUCGUGAAGAGGCGCCUCACGCGCUGAUUCUUUUUGGCCCCAUCGUCCCCUCUUCUGCGUUGGUUAGUAUGAGUGUAUCCGCGCCGGCGGCCCUCGCUACCCUUCCUGACGUUGACUGGAUUUACACAUCUUUCUUCAGGCAAGUUGCCUCGCGGCUGGCUGGAACGCGAACCCGGGUCUUUGUCGUUCCGAGCCCCGCGGACGUUGUUCAUCCUCAUCCUCUCCCCCAGCCGCCAUACGCACCAGACCUUAUUUCUUCGGACCCGUUCACUGGCCUUUCUGCUGCAGCUCGGCAGCAGAUUUCUUUUUUGCCGAAUCCGUGCUUCCUGUACGUCAAUGAGCUGCGCCUUCUGAUCACGUCGGUAGAUCCGCUGAUGGAGGUCGGAGGCCAGCUUGCGUACCCACGCUGCAUCAGUUCCCGUCAGGAUCUUAUUACCACGUGCUGCGCAUCUCUCUUGAGGCAACGUACAUUGUUUCCCAGUGGAGCAUCGUUCACGCUUCCCAUGGACCCGAAGCGGUUUCCGCCUCGCAUGUUCGAUGCGGGAGAAAAUGGGGAGGACACCAUUCCUCACAUCGUUAUCUUUCCAUCAGAUGCAAACGCCUCAGGCGACGCGGGCUCCUCCAGCAACGGGACCUACGCGUGCAUGGCGGAAGGCCGCUUGUUUGUCCUCCCGUUCAGUCCGAGACUGGUUAGGGAGAAUUCAGGGCGUGUCGAGUGGACUAGCAUAUACGUACAACCUCCGACGGAGGAGGAGCACACAGAUGAAAGCAGGGGCGCGGAAAUCCAAGAUAAUGCGUACGACGCACUCGCAGGGGAGCGUAAAGUCGAAGGCCGUGCGGAACCUCAGUUGCUCUGUUUAGAGAAGCGUGUCACCGUCCGUCAUUCAUCUUAUGGACUCGCCUGA